AUGGCGAGCCAAACACCCGCACGGCAUCCCAAGCCGCCAAAGCAGACCAAAACCGAUCUUCGGCAGCAGAAGCGAAAACGCGACCACGAGCAUCUGCAGCAACUGGACCAGGCUGUCGCCAACCUUGAUCCCGCCUCGACCGAAGUCAGAAACUUUGCCCACCUGCCUCUGUCGGAACCCACCCUCGCCGGCCUCAAGGCGUCGCAUUUCCAGGCCUUGACCGAGGUCCAGCAGCAAGCCAUCCCCCUCGCCCUCCGGGGCAAGGACGUCCUCGGCGCCGCCAAGACGGGCAGCGGCAAGACGCUGGCCUUCCUGGUCCCCGUGCUGGAGAAGCUGUACCGGGCGCAAUGGACCGAGUACGACGGCCUGGGAGCCCUCGUCGUCUCCCCCACGCGCGAGCUGGCGGUGCAGAUCUUCGAGGUCCUCCGCAAAAUCGGUCGCUACCACGUCUUCUCCGCCGGCUUGGUCAUUGGCGGCAAGAGCCUCAAGGAGGAGGCGGAGCGGCUGGCCCGCAUGAAUAUCCUGGUCUGCACGCCUGGCCGCAUGCUGCAGCACCUCGACCAGACGGCCGGCUUCGACGCCAACAACCUGCAGCUGCUCGUCCUGGACGAGGCCGACCGCAUCAUGGACAUGGGCUUCCAGUCAGCCGUCGACGCCCUGGUCGAGCACCUGCCCACCUCGAGGCAGACCCUCAUGUUCAGCGCCACCCAGAGCAACAAGGUGUCCGACCUGGCCCGGCUGAGUCUCAAGGAACCCGAGUACGUCUCUGUCCACGAGGCCGCGACCACGGCCACGCCGGCCAAGCUCCAGCAGCACUACAUCGUCACGCCCCUGCCGGAAAAGCUCGACACCCUGUACGGCUUCAUCAAGUCCAAUCUCAAGAGCAAGAUCAUCGUCUUCUUGAGCUCCGGAAAGCAGGUCCGCUUCGUCUAUGAGAGUUUCCGCCAUCUCCAGCCGGGCACCCCGCUGCUUCACCUGCACGGCCGGCAAAAGCAAGUCGCCCGGCUCGAAAUCACGUCCCGAUUCACCGCCGCCAAGCACUCUUGCCUCUUCGCCACGGACGUCGUCGCCCGGGGCAUCGACUUCCCCGCCGUCGACUGGGUCAUCCAGGCAGACUGCCCCGAAGACGUGGACACGUACAUUCACCGCGUCGGCCGCACCGCCCGGUACGAGAGCCACGGCCGAGCCGUCUUGUUCCUUGACCCAAGCGAAGAGCCAGCCAUGGUCAAGCGGCUGGAGCAGAAGAGGAUACCCAUCCAGAAAGUAAACGUCAGGGAGAGGAAGAAGAAGUCGAUAAAGAACGACCUGCAAAACAUGUGCUUCCAAAACCCCGACUUGAAGUACCUCGGCCAAAAGGCCUUUAUCAGCUACGCUCGCGCCAUACACCUGCAGAGGGACAAGGACGUCUUCAGCCUGCAAAAACUCGACCUCGACGCCUUUGCCGCCGCGCUCGGCCUUCCCGGCACUCCCCAGAUCAAGUUCCACAGGGGCGACGACGUCAAGAAGAUCAAGAACGCACCCAGAGACGGCAUGUCGAGCGGCUCAGAGUCCGACAUGGAUCUCGAGGGAGAGUACGACAGGACCACCAAGGAGGAGAAGGAGAUGGAGAGGAAGAUGGAGAGGAACAAGAAGAGCAAAGUCCGCACCAAGUACGACAAGAUGUUUGAGCGCCAAAACCAAGACGUCUUGUCCAAGCACUACUCCAAGCUCGUCGUCGUCGACGACCAGGCAAACGGCCAAGGCGACUCAGACGACGACGACGACGACUUCCUCUCGGUCAAGCGCCGCCUCAACGACGACGAUCUCGACGCCGAGGUGCAAAAGGGCCACGCCAGCCAAGCCAAGGCCAUACAGGGCCUGGGCGGCGACGAACCCUACGUGGUCGACUCGAAGCGCCGCGAGAAGGCGCUCAAGUCCAAGAAGAAGAUGCUCAAGUUCAAGGGCAACCCGACGAAGCUGGUGUUUGACGACGAGGGCAACGCCCACGAGAUUUACGAGCUCCAGGACCUGGAGCACGACUUCAAGAGCCAGGGCCCGGCCGACGAGCAGAGGGAACGGUUUGUCGAGAGCGAGUCGGCGCGCGUCAGGCAGGCAGACGUGGACGACAAGCAGCUCGCCAGGCAGAAGAAGCGCGAGAAGCGGGAGAGGAGAAGGGCCCUGGAGCGCGGGGAAGUGCCCGACGGGGGCGGCGACGGCGACGGCGACAACGACGACGACGACGAUGACAACGCAGCGCCCAUGCUGGUGGGCGGCGGCGGGGCCGACGGCGAGGAUCCCCUGGCGCUUCUGCGGUCGUUGCCCCGGGCCGGGGCGCGCGGCGGAGACUCGGAGGAUGAGCCGCCGCCGAGGAAGAGGAAGAAGAAGUGGUUCCAGGAUGACGACGACAAACCCUGCGGCGGGGGCAAGGUGCUGCACGUGACGGAGGAGCCGGAAACGCUGCAAGACUUGGAGACUCUGGCGACGGGGCUGCUGGAUGGGUGA